AUGUCUCUCACAGCUUCGUCCGCCGAGGAGGCUGCCUCUUCCGCCAAGACGGCCUCUUUCCACUUGGCCACCCUGUCAGUCCAGGACCGCAACGCAGCUCUCGAGACCAUUCACAACGCCCUCCUGGAGGCCAAGGACGACAUUCUCGCGGCCAAUGCCAAGGACCUCGAGCUUGCCAGGAAAGCGGCUGCCGAUGGCUCGCUCAGCAACGCCUUAGUGUCGAGGCUGGACCUUGGGCGGAAGGGCAAGUUCGACGACAUGCUCAAGGGCAUCAUGGACGUUCGUGACUUGGAAGACCCCAUCGGCAAGGUCCAGAUGAGGAGCAAGCUCGCGGACGACCUCAUGAUGGAGCGUGUGACCUGUCCCAUUGGCGUGCUGCUCAUCAUCUUCGAGGCCCGUCCCGAGGUGAUUGCCAACAUUGCCAGUCUGGCCAUCAAGUCGGGCAACUCAGCCAUCCUCAAGGGUGGCAAGGAGUCCACCGAGUCCUUCGUGGCCAUCUCAAAGGUCAUUUCUGCGGCUCUCGACAAGACCGCCGUUCCCAACGGUGCCAUCCAGCUCGUCACCGCCCGCGACGUCAUCGCCCAGCUUCUCAGCCAGGAUCGCCACAUUGAUCUGGUUAUUCCUCGUGGAGGCAACGAGCUCGUGAGGUACAUCAAGGAGUCGACCAAGAUCCCCGUCUUGGGCCAUGCCGACGGCAUUUGCCACGGCUACCUGACGGCCUCUGCCGACAAGGACAAGGCCAUCGGUGCCAUUGUCGACUCCAAGACCAGCUAUCCCGCGGCGUGCAAUGCCCUGGAGACACUGCUCGUCCAGGACACGGCGCUGCCCACGGUGUUGCCUGGCGUUGCCGCGGCCCUCGUCGAGAAGGGUGUCACACUGCGCUGCGAUCCCGCUAGCAAGGCCGCCCUCUCCUCGAUCCCUGCCGAGUCCAUUCAGGAUGCCACCCCCGAGGACUACGACACGGAGCACCUCGCCCUCGUCCUCACAGUCAAGACGGUUCCCAGCGUAGACGAGGCCAUCUCGCACAUCAACGCGCACGGCAGCCACCACACAGACGUCAUCUACACCUCGGACAGCGCGCUCGCAGAGCGCUUCAUGAACGAGGUCGACUCGGCCGGCGUAUACUGGAACGCCUCCUCCCGUCUGGCCGACGGCAUGCGCUAUGGUUUCGGUACCGAGGUCGGCAUCAGCACAAACAAGAUCCAUUCUCGCGGGCCCGUCGGUCUGGAGGGUCUCACCAUCUACAAGUACAAGAUCAGGGGCGACUAUCAGCCCACCACUGGCUACGGUACCGGCGAGGGCCAAAAGCCGUGGAAGCACGAGCAGCUGCCUUUGUAA